CCCGCGCCCGCCCGAGUCCCGGCCCCGGUCCCGGCCCCCGCGGGAAGGGGCUGAGCAGCCCGCCGCCUGGAUGGCGAGCCUUGUGGCGCUCGCCCUCUGCCUGCUCCGGCUCCUGCUCCUGCGCCUGCAGCUGCCGCCACUGCCCGGUGCCUGCGCGCAGAGCGCUGCAGGUGGCUGUUCCUUUGAUGAGCACUACAGCAAUUGUGGAUAUAGCGUGGCUCUUGGGACCAAUGGGUUCACCUGGGAGCAGAUUAACACAUGGGAGAAGCCGAUGCUGGACCCAGCUGUGCCCACAGGGUCCUUCAUGAUGGUGAACAGCUCUGGGAGGGCCUCAGGUCAGAAGGCCCAUCUUCUUCUGCCCACACUCAAGGAGAAUGACACACACUGCAUAGACUUCCAUUACUACUUCUCCAGCCGAGAUCGCUCUAGUCCAGGAGCCUUGAAUGUCUACGUGAAGGUCAAUGGUGGUCCCCAAGGGAACCCCGUCUGGAACGUGUCCGGGGUCGUCACUGAGGGCUGGGUGAAGACGGAGCUUGCGAUCAGCACCUUCUGGCCUCAUUUCUACCAGGUGAUAUUUGAAUCCGUCUCUUUGAAGGGCCAUCCUGGCUACAUCGCUGUGGACGAGGUCCGGGUCCUUGCUCAUCCAUGCAGAAAAGCGCCUCAUUUCCUGCGACUCCAAAAUGUCGAGGUUAAUGUUGGGCAGAAUGCCACAUUUCAGUGCAUUGCCGGCGGGAAGUGGUCUCAGCAUGACAAACUUUGGCUCCAGCAAUGGAAUGGCAGAGACACGGCCCUCAUGGUCACUCGUGUGGUCAACCACAGGCGCUUCUCAGCCACGGUCAGUGUGGCAGACACUGCUCAACGUAGUGUCUCCAAGUAUCGCUGCGUGAUACGCUCGGAUGGUGGGUCUGGUGUGUCCAACUAUGCGGAGCUGAUUGUGAAAGAGCCUCCCACACCCAUUGCUCCCCCAGAACUGCUGGCUGUUGGGGCUACCUACCUGUGGAUUAAGCCAAAUGCUAACUCCAUCAUUGGGGAUGGUCCCAUCAUCCUGAAGGAGGUGGAAUACCGCACCACCACAGGCACCUGGGCCGAGACCCACAUUGUUGACUCUCCCAACUAUAAACUGUGGCAUCUGGACCCUGAUGUGGAGUACGAGAUCCGGGUGCUGCUUACACGACCAGGUGAGGGAGGCACAGGACCACCAGGGCCUCCUCUCACCACCAGGACCAAAUGUGCUGACCCUGUGCAUGGCCCACAGAAUGUGGAAAUUGUGGACAUUCGAGCCCGGCAGCUGACCCUGCAGUGGGAGCCCUUUGGCUAUGCAGUGACCCGAUGCCACAGCUAUAAUCUCACCGUGCAAUACCAGUACGUCUUCAACCAGCAGCAGUAUGAAGCCGAGGAGGUGAUCCAGACCUCUUCCCACUACACCCUGCGGGGCCUUCGGCCCUUCAUGACCAUCAGGCUGCGGCUGUUGCUGUCCAACCCUGAGGGCCGGAUGGAGAGUGAGGAGCUGGUAGUGCAGACAGAGGAAGAUGUUCCAGGAGCUGUUCCUCUUGAGUCCAUCCAAGGGGGCCCCUUUGAGGAGAAGAUCUACAUCCAGUGGAAACCUCCCAAUGAGACCAAUGGAGUCAUCACACUUUACGAGAUUAACUACAAGGCCGUUGGCUCACUGGAUCCAAGUGCUGACCUGUCCAGCCAAAGGGGGAAAGUGUUCAAGCUGCGGAAUGAAACCCACCACCUCUUCGUGGGUCUGUACCCAGGGACCACCUACUCCUUCACUAUCAAGGCCAGUACAGUCAAGGGCUUUGGACCUCCAGUCACCACUCGGAUUGCCACCAAGAUUUCAGCUCCAUCAAUGCCUGAAUAUGACACAGACACCCCCCUGAAUGAAACAGACACAACCAUCACUGUGAUGCUGAAACCUGCCCAGUCCCGGGGAGCCCCUGUCAGUGUUUACCAGCUGGUUGUCAAGGAGGAGCGACUUCAGAAGUCCCGGAGAGCAGCUGACAUCAUCGAAUGCUUCUCAGUACCUGUGAGUUACCGGAAUGCCUCCAGCCUUGAUUCUUUACACUACUUUGCUGCCGAGUUGAAGCCCUCCAACCUGCCUGUCACCCAGCCCUUUACAGUAGGAGACAACAAGACGUAUAAUGGCUAUUGGAAUCCUCCUCUCUCCCCUCUGAAAAGCUACAGCAUCUACUUCCAGGCACUCAGCAAAGCAAAUGGAGAGACCAAAAUCAACUGUGUUCGUCUGGCUACAAAAGGUGCCUCCACCCAGAAUUCUAACACUGUGGAGCCGGAGAAGCAGGUGGACAGCACAGUGAAGAUGGCCGGUGUGAUUGCUGGCCUACUCAUGUUCAUCAUCAUUCUCCUGGGUGUGAUGCUCACCAUCAAAAGGAGAAGAAAUGCUUAUUCCUACUCCUAUUACUUGAAGCUGGCUAAGAAACAGAAGGAGACACAGAGCGGAGCCCAGAGGGAGAUGGGGCCAGUGGCCUCAACUGACAAACCCACCACCAAGCUCAGCACCAGCCGCAAUGAUGAAGGCUUCUCCUCUAGUUCUCAGGACGUCAAUGGAUUCAAUGGCAGCCGCGGGGAGCUGUCCCAGCCCACCCUCACCAUCCAGACUCACCCCUACCGGACUUUCGAACCUGUGGAGAUGAGCUAUCCCCGGGACCAAUUCCAGCCUGCCAUCCGGGUGGCAGACCUGCUUCAGCACAUCACCCAGAUGAAGAGAGGCCAGGGCUACGGGUUCAAGGAAGAAUACGAGGCCUUACCAGAGGGGCAGACAGCUUCGUGGGACACAGCCAAGGAAGAUGAAAACCGCAAUAAGAAUCGAUACGGGAACAUCAUAUCCUAUGACCAUUCUCGGGUGAGGCUGUUGGUGCUGGAUGGAGACCCCCACUCUGACUAUAUCAACGCCAACUACAUUGAUGGGUACCAUCGACCCCGGCACUACAUUGCAACUCAAGGUCCAAUGCAAGAGACUGUGAAGGACUUUUGGAGAAUGAUCUGGCAGGAGAACUCUGCCAGCAUCGUCAUGGUCACAAACCUUGUGGAGGUGGGCAGGGUGAAAUGUGUACGAUACUGGCCAGAUGACACAGAGGUCUAUGGAGACAUUAAAGUCACCCUGAUAGAAACAGAACCCCUGGCGGAAUACAUCAUCCGCACCUUCACUGUCCAAAAGAAAGGCUACCACGAGAUCCGGGAGCUGCGCCUCUUUCACUUCACCAGCUGGCCUGACCAUGGUGUUCCCUGCUACGCCACCGGCCUUCUGGGCUUCAUCCGCCAGGUCAAGUUUCUAAAUCCCCCAGAAGCUGGGCCCAUAGUGGUCCAUUGCAGUGCGGGAGCCGGGAGGACUGGCUGCUUUAUUGCUAUUGACACCAUGCUCGACAUGGCUGAGAAUGAAGGAGUGGUAGACAUCUUCAACUGUGUGCGUGAGCUCCGGGCACAGAGGGUUAACCUGGUACAGACAGAGGAGCAGUAUGUGUUUGUGCAUGAUGCCAUCCUGGAAGCCUGCCUCUGUGGCAAUACCGCCAUCCCUGUGUGUGAGUUCCGCUCUCUCUACUACAACAUCAGUAGGCUGGACCCCCAGACGAACUCCAGCCAGAUCAAAGAUGAGUUUCAGACACUCAACAUUGUGACACCUCGUGUCCGGCCUGAGGACUGCAGCAUUGGGCUCUUACCCCGGAACCAUGAUAAGAACCGAAGUAUGGAUGUCCUGCCUCUGGACCGCUGCUUGCCCUUCCUCAUCUCUGUUGAUGGAGAGUCCAGCAACUACAUCAAUGCAGCAUUGAUGGAUAGUCACAAGCAGCCUGCUGCCUUCGUCGUCACCCAGCACCCUCUACCCAACACUGUGGCAGACUUCUGGAGGCUGGUGUUCGAUUAUAAUUGCUCUUCUGUGGUGAUGCUGAAUGAGAUGGACACUGCCCAGCUCUGCAUGCAGUACUGGCCUGAGAAGACUUCCGGGUGCUAUGGUCCCAUCCAGGUGGAGUUUGUCUCUGCAGACAUUGAUGAGGACAUCAUCCACAGAAUAUUCCGCAUCUGUAACAUGGCUCGGCCACAGGAUGGUUACCGUAUAGUUCAGCACCUCCAGUACAUUGGCUGGCCUGCCUAUCGGGACACACCCCCCUCCAAGCGUUCUUUGCUCAAAGUGGUCCGACGACUGGAGAAGUGGCAGGAGCAGUAUGAUGGACGGGAGGGGCGCACUGUGGUCCACUGCUUAAAUGGGGGAGGCCGCAGCGGAACCUUCUGUGCCAUCUGUAGCGUGUGUGAGAUGAUCCAGCAACAAAAUAUCAUUGAUGUGUUCCACAUUGUGAAAACACUACGCAACAACAAAUCCAACAUGGUGGAGACCCUGGCACAAUAUAAAUUUGUAUACGAGGUGGCACUGGAAUAUCUAAGUUCCUUUUAGCGCAAUGGGAUGGGGAACCUGCCAGAGUCCAGAGGCUACUGCAGCUGGCCUUCUUUUUCCAUGAAUGACAGUGACUGGACUUGGGGAUUCGGAGGUGGCAUGCCUGCCCAACUCCAAGGAGAAGAUGGUUCCAUGUUCUGUAGUGGGCUCUGCAACUUCUGAAAGGUCCCUUGUAGCUGUGGGAGAUGCUUCUCUGGUGGGGCCCAAGCUUCCCUUCCAACCCUGACCAGCCACAUCAGGCCCACACAGAAGUGCACCCACGAGGAAGGCCCUGGACUUCUGAUUCCCAGACUUCUUGCUUUUGUUCUUUCCGAGUUUGUGAAUCUCAUGGCAAGCUGACUGUGCAGGUGUUGGGGAGGGAGAACUUGGUCAGCACCUCCUUUGCUGUCCUUAGGAGGGUUGGCAUGUGAGUUCUUCUAUGUUCUCUUGUAAAAGAUUGGGAUGUUGGAAGUCACUGGGAGCCUAUAAUCUCCUUCAGAGGCCUCUGGCACCAGAAACCUGACAGUCUGGAUCAGUGUGACUACUGGAUGGCCCCUAGAUGCAUCACAGCAGAGGCUCUUUCCAUCCUCCUUAGCUGCAUGGGGAUUGGCCCAUUACUGCUUUCUCUAGACAGGCCUUGACCCUCUGUCAUCCACCAGUCAGCCAGCCGUCUCCACAGCAUACUUCAACAAAGGUUUUCUUUGCUUUUCCGUAGUCCGUGGAAGGAGGAGAAUCCACAGGAGAUGUUGCUGCUCCUCUUCCUCUUGGUAGAAGGGGCCAGCCUCCCAUGGCAAAGCUCUCACUGAUCUGUACAGCAUAACCCUGGUACUUUUUAUGGGAAAGACGAUCCAGAAAGGAUUUGAUUAUUUUCCCAAGUAUAUGUGAAAAAAAGAUAUUCUUUAUGGGAAGAAGUUGAAGGUGUAAAAUCUUCUUCUCUUAAGUUAAAAAAAAAAAAGGUAGGAUGGGAGUUGAGUCUAUUAUAUUUCUUGUCUAUACCCUUGAAAGGUCCCAAGAUUGGGAUAAUACAACCUUUGAACAUGAGAGAUAAGCCACUCUGGAAGUUGGUCCCUUGUUUCCAGGGAAGAUAGAGCAACAAGUUUAUGCAGAAUUUUUCUAUCCAAAUUUGAACUCUUUCCUGAAGAAAGCCAGCUACCAUUUUGAAAAUGGCCACUGGAGACCCAAGUCAUACUUUGGUUCAAAAUACAUUAAGGAAAUUAGGCCCGAGGCUCUGGGUUUUGCUCAAAGUAUGGGCGAGCCAACACUUUUAAGCAUCUUCUGUAAACCAGGUGCCAUGCUUGGUGCCUUUCAUGUGACAUCACGCAUAGUCCUUGGCACCCCAGAAGGGGUUGUUAUCUCCAUUUUGCAAUUAAGGAUACCCAGGCACCUUCUUCAGUGAUGAAACUCUGGAUUCCAAAGACCAGGUGAUGGCAACGAAACUCCCUGCCACUUUCCUCAUAUUUCCUCAAGCAGUUAUUUUAUGGAAGAAAAAUAAGGAUAGAAACUUCUGAACAGAGAACUCCAUGAGUAGAAACUGAAUUCUUUCUAUCUGAUGCCCUUUCUUUUGCGUAUCCCAAACCUAUAGAUAUAUUUUAUUAACUUAUUCCCCCCAGCUCCCUGGGAAAGCUAGUCUUAUCUAAUUUCUUUAUGGGUAAAAACAAUUCUCAUACUCCCUUAGGCUACAUGGGAGCCAGCCUGGGAAAACCCCUCUACCUUGGUCUCUAGCAGGGGCUGAGCCAUAAUAUCUGACAGCCUUAAUGGCAUGGGAUCUGGGGAGCUCUGUCUUGAAGGCUGUUCUAGCCCCAAACAGGGUAUGAGGGACACAGAAUCCACUAAGACAUCUUUCCUUUCAGCCCCACUAUGUACUAGGGAAGCUGAGCCACACUGUAUUCAUAGUAGAGCACACAAGUGUUCAAUGCGCCUAGACAUGAGAGCGAGCCACUCUGCCUAGAGCCUCCUAGACAACAUCCAUUCCAGCUAGGUCUCAACAAAUAGACUAUAAGAAAAACAAAGAAAUUCAAGCCAAGGGAUCAACAUUCACAAUGGCAAAAAGAAGUGAAAAAAUAUCAGGAGGGACAAAAGGUAGGAGAAGGUGGGAGGCCAGCCCAGCUGGAAUGUAGCAAGACAGGCGUAAUGGCGGGAGGAAACACAAAGGGUACAGAAGUUGCCCUGCAGGUAGCAAGAAACUGUUGGAGCUCUGCAGCAGUGAUGCACUCAGCUUAGUUUUGGAUAAGGCUCCCUCUGGACCAGCAGGACUGCCUCUUUUCCUUUCAUCAGACACUGUGAAGACAUUCCCUUAAGGGUGUGCUUUUAAUAUGUUAACUAUUUGUCUGGCUGCUCAUUAUUUUGUUGCUGGAACAAAAUAUGGAGUGGAUCAUGAGACUCAGCUCCUGUGAGAACCCUGUGGUCUCUGCUUUAUCACAGAGCAGGGUCAGCAACCCUGGCCUCCAAGCUCACUAGGACAACACAUGAAAGGAGCCCAGGGAAUGAGCUUCCAUUGGCACAAGCUUGGGAGCUGUCUCGAAGUCCAAGGACACCAGACUUGAUCAAGGAAGGCUGUCACUUUGGUGGUUCAAAAGGAAACAUCUCAAAGCAAAGGCAGGCAAAAGAACCCCAUGACUUAUGCUUCUCUUUUAUGAGCCUCUUCCCAGGUAUGUUUGAGCAUAUCCUCAGGGCCCAGCCCCCACUGGUCCUUGUGGCUUCCUAUGGUUCUCUAUCUCUCUACCCCAAAUGGAUUUCCCCAGCCUCCAGGAGCCUGUGGUAUAGCACAUCAGCCUGUUGUAUACUAUUUUCUCAGAGCUUAGCUCAUUCUAACAGGGUAAGGGUAGAGUAAGGACUAUUUAACACAAAUCCUAGAAUCCGUUCUGCUCAAGAAUGGCUGAUAUAGAUGGUAGGUUAAAAUGGCAGGGGUUUGUAUCAUUUCAAUGGUGAGAAAUUAAAAAGCGAAUUCAAGGGAAGAUGGGAGAAUUCAGGCCACGGUGGCGGAUGGCCCCCAUCAAGGGCCAUCUCAACCAUAUAGUUUCACACUGUUCAACCAACCUCCAAAAAAGACAUGAUGGUGAACUGGCCUUAGACAAAUGAAGACAAAAGGAAAGUGAGGCUUGUAGAGACAUCUUUAAGAUUCAUAUGGAAGAUAUGUAGCAGGGCUCAGAUAAGAUGGAUAAUGGGACCAACGACCCUAGAUUUCAUCUUUUGCCCAGGAAAUCUCCCAAGCUCUCUCCUUACUCUACCCUACCUAUAGGGUAGGCUUAUCUUUACAUAAGCAAAAGAAAAGGUAUAAAAGCAUAUCCUCACUUAGCUAAGGCCUUCCUUUAAGUUUCAUUUGUAGACAUGAAAUCAUUAUGGAGAAAAUAUAUAAGAAGCAAACAAGACACCAUGAACUGUCCCCACUUACAUGUGUUUAUGGCCUAGAUAGAUUUAGCAUAGAUCAAAGCGACAUCCCAAUAUUGUCAUCUUUCAUCCUUACUGGUAUGAAAAUCGUAGAUCAGCCAGUGGACUGUAAGUCUCUAAAUAACCACAGCAGGCCUAUGGAAAUGGAAGAGGCCACUUGCUUCUGGUGUUGGCCCUCACUGUAGGUCUGAGCAACCCUAAGAAGUGUCUGUGAUUCUUGCCAUCACCAAUACUGGUAAGCAGACUUUGGAGAUAGAUGUCACCUGUCCAUAUAAGCAAGUCGGGACAUAAUCUGGCUUCUGACAAUAAUCUUACAUCAUGGAAUCUGAGAUUUUUUUUCCCAAAGGAUUACUGCAGAGACUAGAGUGGAACUGGUUACUCAGUAGAUCUUGGUAGAACCCAAAGCACAGAAUGGUAAGCUUCAAAUUGUUUCAUAGCCUCACGUUUUACAUGCAUGCAAUAUGUGCAUUCCAUUUACUAAUUUAUUCUGAUUAGUUUAAGUAUGACCAUAUAAACAUAUUUUUGAAUGUGCCCUGUACCUUAUGCAGCUUUGAUCUGCUCAGACCUCUCUGACGGAACUUAGGAAAUGAGAGCACAGUACCCAGCCAUGCUUCUUCUUCCUGAAAUCAAUUCUAGACUCAAGCUCAACACCAGCUUACCCUCCCCUGGGCACAUUCUUUGCUGUGGGAGUAUCCUGUCCUCACUGUUCCUGAGAUUCAACUAAGGUCUCAUCUUCUUAUAGUUAAGGUACCUACUGACAGACUAGAAUAAGGAGGACAUCCCCACAGGAAAUGAUGAAGAGUGAACCACAAAAUCCUAAAGGAGAAGGAGACGCUAAAUGCGGUCUUAUUCAGCAAAUCCUUGUACACUGAGUGUUGCCCAUUGUCUCAGUGGAGUCCUGUGGUUUCUAAUGUGGGAAAAUCUGAGGACACACUUCAUACACUCAAACAUUCCUCACUUUACCUUAGCUACGUACACUCUUUGGAUUCCUAUAGCAUACAGCACCUUAGAGGGGCACUACUAGGAAGGACAGAUUACUAUGGACCGAUACACCAUGGUAAGGGGGGAGAUCAUUCUUUUAAUUGCGCCUCCAACUCUGGACAGUAGGAUAGCAGGCCAAAUCCAUGAAAAGGGGAACACAUAAAAAAACACUUUGGCCAUGUUAGAGUGGGUUGAUCUAGAAGGCUUUAGGUAGGAAAAGAAAGCAAACUGAACUCAAUGAAUUCUCAGAAUGAAGGAUGCUUAUUGAGUGUUGAGCUGAGUGGUCACUUCUGGGACACAGCAGGCCAGGAGAUGGACUAGGACUUUCAAGAACGACUGGGAACAUAGGGGAAGAUGAUAAUUUUCUCUUUGAUCAGUCAUAUUUAUUUAUUCCUCCAUCUGGUUGCUAUGCUGGUUCAGAAGGAGUCUCAUCAGGAUCCAGAGUCCCUCUGCUAUGGUGUAGACUCCUGUACGGUGCACAGAGGUAGCUGUGCAGAAAGACUGCUGGCCAUGUCAAAAGGGAAGCCCAGGGAGGAGCACUUGACAUGCCAUCUGUCCUUGGAGCAGUGACCACUCGACCAGAUCUAGAGGCACUGAAGGAAAUGAUCAUGCCCCUGGAUCUUGCUGCCUGGGGACAAAAUAAAGAAAUAUACCCAAGCUGAAACAUGUUCAAUACUGUAGAAGAUACUGCUGUACUCAAGGAUAAGUAUGAACAGGGUGUUGAUCCUAAGCUGUAAGGUCACCAGAUUUCACUAGACAAGAUAUCUAGGGACAAGUCACCAACCCAAGCUGAAGGAAGAUGAAACAGAACACAGAACAGAGAUGGUCAUGUUACCACAAAGCCCAACUUGUCUUUCCCAUUGAUUGAUCAGUGUGAGCCUCUCCUCAACCUCUGACCAGUUCCAAAUCACAGACAAGUGUAGUAGAGAAAUGGGAAAAUUCGACUAGAGACCAACUGAGAGUCAGCUUUGUUCAUAUACUGCCAUAUAAGGGCUCCCUAUUGGAGAAUGUCCAUGUAUACAUAUCUAGAAAUUAUAAAGUACAGAGCCUUCACUUUACCUAGCAUGGAAGCACAUUUGAAAUCAUACCUUAUCUGAACAGUAGAGAAAGGUUGGUGUGGACAGUGGAAGAGAGAGUGGGUCUAGCUAAGUCCAGUUUUCUCUCACAUUUAUUUUAGAGUCACAGAGCAGAUCCUCAGAAACAGCAGAAAUGUCUCUGCCUUAUCUAUAUAUCCGAACAAGCUCUUUCUUUCCAUUUCUUGGUAACCAAGGAGAGAAUUUUGCAUAGCACUGGCUAUACAGUUCUCUUUCAGAGGUCAAGAUCAUGUCUUGCAUAUCUCCUGACAACUUCCAAAAGAGGUAGAAAAGGGUGUUAAAGGGGCCACAUUCACCCCCUGAAAUCUACCAAUGAACGUUAAGUCUCCGAGAGGCAGAGUCAUUACCUACAUUGAUAGCCCCUCCAAAACCUGGCAUCCCACCAAACUCAGAGCUUAGUGGUGGUCAGCUGGGGCUGAUACAGAAGAUAGGGAAGGAUUAGGAUAGAAAAUGAUCUAUUAGAAAAGCCUUUGAUAACUGGAUAACUACAGGGAUUCCUUCUGUAUCCAAGAGCUGCUCUCGAUGGUAAAAUGUGAACCCUGGUUCAUUGUUGGACCAGAGAAUGAAUGUCUAGGGGCCUUGGAAUAUUGGGCAGGAAAGUAUUGGUCUAAAAGCUGGAAGCUCAGGAUAAUAUAGUUCACAGUUCCUCAGUGAGUAAAAUUCCUAGAGACUUUGUGGGCAGAGUGGUGUUAUCCUAGAUAAAAGUCAAGCUCCUAAAAGGACAGGCAGAAUACUAGACUAAGUCCCAUAACCUUCACAGGAUAGCAGAUUAUUGGACAAGGUCAAGCGUAGUUUGAAAGUCUCAUUACUCCUGUGAGUGGAGCUGGGACCAAUGACAAAACUUAGUAGUUGCAAGAAAGAACUUGUUUUCUGUCAGAGAAGAUAGCUGCCCUUCAGGGCAGCUUCCCAGCAGAAGCCAAACAUCUCUUAAAAGUGAAGAAGAAACAUUGCUGAGAUGGCCUUUAGGUCACUUUCACCUUAGGUGAGUGAGGCCUUGCAGAGCGGGAGUCAUGUUGGGACUUAUACCAGCAAAGCACAAGCUAAGCAGGCCAUGCUUGGUUUGCAAGCAGGUAGCCCCUGCUCUCCACCCAAGUCUUCUGCCUAUAGCAGCCAAAAUGUUGCUCUAGUCACAUAUCCUGGCCUCAGCCAGGCUGGUUAUCAUCAAACACCCAGACUCACAGAGCAGCUGCUUUGCCAUAGAUUUAAUGCUUCCUGGCAUCCCUGAGGACAGUAGCCCAUCACCCAGACCCACUGGCCAUCAAGGCCCUCAAUGAUAGCCAGAACCAAUAAAGAUCCAAGCAGGACUCAGAACUGGGCUUCACUUAUCACACAUGCUCUCCAGAGGUUAAUUCAACCCCAACUCCCCACUCAAGGACCUAUUGGAGCAGAUUUCAAAAGCCCAGUGACUCAGUUGACACCUAAUUAUACUCCCAAUACAUAAAUUUCAUCAUCAAGUGGAUCUUGGGCUAGCCCAAGUUAACUGAUAUUUGUAAUCAGGCUCAAAAAUCACUGUUCUAUCUUCUUUCUUCUUUAUAUCCUAGUAGCCAAUCAAAGGUACAGUCGUGGACUCUACCAUUGCCUUGGCUACCUGAUACCUGCAUAGCUCUCAAAGAGUUAUCACAAGGUGCCCACUCCACUCUAAGAAGGCUGAUGCUUCAUAUCCAUGGGGCAUAAAAUAUUGCAUGAGACCAAAGUCUCCACACUAUUUGAAACUUCUGCCACAAAUCCCAACAGCCUGCACUUGUACAGUUUGGGUGUUUGAUAGAUAAAGCACGUGUGAGAAGAGAAAACAAAGUAAAUCAACUUCAAAAAAAUAAAUAAAUAAAGCCAGCACUGUGCUGUCAAUGUUCUUUUUUUUUUUUCCUUUUUCUUUCUAAUUCUAGCUUGAAAAAGCAGAAGGUAAAUAAUGUCAGGUCAAUGAAUAUCAGAUAUAUUUUUUGACUGUACAUUACAGUGAAGUGUCAUCUUUUUACACCUGCAAGUUCAUCUUAUUUAUUCUUGUAAAUGUUCCCUGACAAUGUUUGUAAUAUGGCUGUGUUGAAAAAAAUCUAUACAAUAAAGCUGUGACCCUGAGAUUCAUGUUUUCCUAA